CUGGGCCGCAUUUUCAUUUCAACUUUGUGUGCGACGAGUUGUCUCCAGUCGCGUCCUGUUAGCCACCUCCGCGUCCGCAGCGCGUCCCUUUCGUUCCGUGAUCGCAGUGUUCAAAUCGAAUAUCUAUAUAAAUUGGAAUAAAUUUUGAAAAUAUUGAAAAACAAGCUACAAAAAAACAAGCGAGCAAUUCGAAACUUGCUCUUGGUAUAUUUUGUGCAUCGAACAGAUCCAAAUCCUAGAUUCCAGUGGAACACCCGAAAGCCACAACGUGAUCCGCCUCUGUGCCAUUGACUCCAGCUAAAAGGGAUUAACCAAACCCAAAAAAACAAAGGAUUUAAGCUGCCUGAAGACACCAUACGAGAAAUAAGAAAAUAAAAAAAUAACACCGAACAUAAUACAGCCGAGAGAAGAAAGCCGCAGAGUGAGGCCGAGUAGCGAAAUCCAAAAAUCCACAUUUUUGGUUUCCAGGGCGCCAAUUUGGAAUUUCAAUUUCAAGCCAAACACACAGAACCCGAUCAAAAUGGGACACCUGACGCGACGCAGCAGCCUAAUGGCCAUAGUCCUAUGCCUGGUACUCAACACAAAGCAUCUUUCGGUGCAUGGCGAUGCCUCGCACAUUGAGUCCGCCGCCCUGCCCCUCGAACACAGGGCCGGCUAUGGUCCGCCAGCGCCCAUUUACGGAGCGCCCCAGGGACCUCUGAGCACCGGAGCCACCAACGAUGUGUCCGAGGAAGCCUGGCCCCUCGCCAGUACAAAUGACAGUCCGCAGAUCAAGCACCUUCAGGUGCAGUGCGAGAAGACCCACAUGCGAGUGAACAUCGAGUUCGACCGUCCCUUCUACGGUAUGAUCUUCUCCAAGGGAUUCUACAGUGAUCCCCACUGUGUGCACCUGAAACCCGGUACCGGACAUCUGAGCGCCACCUUCGAGAUCUUCCUGAAUAGCUGCGGCAUGACCAGCUCGGCCAACCACAAUGCUGCCGGAUACGGUGCGCCAACACCAUCAGGCAGUUAUGUGGAGAACACGAUCAUCAUCCAGUACGAUCCCUAUGUGCAGGAGGUGUGGGAUCAGGCCCGCAAACUGCGCUGCACCUGGUACGAUUUCUACGAGAAGGCUGUGACCUUCAGGCCCUUCCAGGUCGAUAUGUUGCAUGCGGUCACCGCUAACUUCUUGGGCGACAACCUGCAGUGCUGGAUGCAAAUCCAAGUGGGUAAGGGACCAUGGGCCUCUGAAGUAUCUGGAAUUGUGAAGAUUGGACAGACAAUGACCAUGGUGUUGGCUAUCAAGGAUGAUGAGAACAAAUUCGAUAUGUUGGUGCGUAACUGUGUGGCUCAUGAUGGCAAGAGGGCUCCCAUCCAACUAGUGGAUCAGAAUGGCUGCGUUGUCAGACCCAAGAUCAUGAGCAAAUUCCAGAAGAUCAAGAACUUCGGACCUUCCGCCUCUGUGGUUAGCUUCGCAUACUUCCAGGCCUUCAAAUUCCCCGACUCGAUGAAUGUGCACUUCCAGUGCGUCAUCCAAGUUUGCCGUUACAACUGCCCUGAGCCCAAGUGCGGUCCUGGACUGCCAGGUGGCGAGUAUGGUCUGCCCCAGAUUGGAGCCAAUGGUCUGUCCGAGGAGUAUGGUCCCCCAGAAGCUUAUGAGAGGAACGACUUCGCUUUGGGUGGUCCUGGAGUGCUGCCACCAGCUGCCUAUCCUGAUCCACGUCACCCCGCUUCCGAUGCCACUGGAGCUUACUCAGAGAACCAACCCGAUGUGGUGCCCUCACCCCAGGCUCAGACUUCGGCAGCAGUUCCUACUGCUGACUCCGUUUCGGGACCUGCCAGUUCCCAGUCGCCUCAACCUCAGCCAACAGGAAACAACGAACUGGGUCUGCCACCACCACCAUUGCCAGGACAGAGCGGUCAGUACAGCACAGUAAAGCGCAAGGAUGACCUGAGUGCCGGUGGCAACCUGGUUUCCCUUGGAGGACGCCCACGAUCUGUGGAAGGAUUGGACGAUCUGCGUGGCGUGCGCCGGCGCAGGGAUACCAUGGACAUUGUGAUGAAGCCUCAGAGGAUCUACAAGCGUAAUGCGCAGGAGAUGACUGAUGUAAACACCAGCCGAAUCAUCCAGGUGGUGGCACCGGGAGAUGUUAACUUUGCGCUGAAUAGCAAUGCUAGCAAUGAGACUGUGGUUAUCCAGUCGGCCAGGUCCGCGGAUGCGGAGACCAUUUGCAUGUCGGUGCCCAGUUUUGUGGGAGGAUUGGUGAUGCUGCUGCUCGUCCUGGCCGUCGCCUCUCUAGUCGCCGCCUUCCUGUUCGUCCGUGUGCGUCACUUCGAUCGCAAGGGAGCGGGUAUGGCCUAUGUGAACUAAUCUGGAACCGAGUAUCUGGAGGACCAGAAGAUUCAUCAUCAUCAUCAGCGACGACAAUCGGCGUGAACAGAAAACCAAAUCAGUUUUAUGUGCACUUCAGAAACACUCAUCCCCAACCCACAUCAGCAAUCUUUAUAUAGGCACCCUAUCCUAUAACUAUUUAUUCUUCGGUUAUUUAUUGAGAACCCACUCGCCCACUUUCAAAUGGUUUUUCCCCUUUACCACUACUCUCUAUCUUCUAUAUGUUUCCCUAGUUUUAGACGAAGCGAAAUUGAAUUGUCAGACUUGUUAAGUUUCAGUUAUGCCUACAAAGGAUUUAAGGCCAUCUGAUCGGACAGAUAAGCCUUGAAUGUUACAAUAUGCAAGUUAAUAUCGAAUUAAAACAAAAAAACGAAGUAAAGUAGCGGCAAACAUGGAAAAGCAGAAAAUCGUUUACAAUAAGUUAAUAUAGCAAAUGUAUAUAUUAAAUUAUUUAUUUAUUACUUUAUUUGAUAGCUGCGAAAUAAUAAAAAGUUUACUUUUAUUAA